UUUAAAGGGAAAUCUCAUUUUCGGUUACCAAGCGACGUCACUUCCGGAAUGAAAGUGGGGUGAGCAAAAUGACAGCUGGUUGUUUUCAUGAAGAAGGGGAUUUCAAAGUGGACAUCGAAGUGUCAUGUGGUGAACUCCUACAGAGUCCUCCCAGCCUCUGCAGACCAAAUCCUGACAACUGACCACAGAGGCUCCGGCAUUUCAUCAGGGGACACGUGUCAGCCCCAUCAGCAACUCUGGACCUGCAUCAGGCAUCUUCCUCUGACAGGCCCUCAAUGCAGACACCGAAGGAGACAGAGAGAAGUGAUAGUGGUCAAACCGAGGUGUGCCUCACUUCAGGUGAGGGGGAGGCCAUGCACCAGGACAUAUCCAUGGAGCCAAAGGAGGACAACGAUGGCCGUACCUUUGUGGAGGUGAUCAGUGAAAAGUACAGUCCAGAUAACUUUCCAUGCCGCAGAGGACCUGGUAUGGGGGUGGUGGUCGUGCCCACCGCACGUCCUCAAGGUUCCCCUUUGAAAGAACGUCUGAACCUGCCCAGUGUGCUGGUGUUAAAUGGCUGCGGCAUCAGCCGGGCAGGAGACCAGACGGGGAUCGCUGCCUUCUGUGCUCACGUCAGGGAGCUGGACUUGUCCCAUAACAAGCUGCAGGACUGGAACGAGAUCAGUAAAAUUGUGUCCAACAUCCCAAAGCUGAAGUUCCUGAACCUGAGCUCCAACCCCCUAGCAGGAAUGACCCUCGAGCCACGGAGCACCGAAGCCUUUUGCCGCAUCCGUCGUCUUGUCCUUAAUAACACCCAAGUGUCCUGGGACACCGUACUGCUUCUCAUUCGGGAGAUGCCUGAGCUGGAGGAGUUGUUCCUGUGCCUUAAUGAGUACAGAGGUUUGAGUGCCUCCGGUGUGGCCUGUCCCAGCCUGUGCCUGCUUCACAUCACCGACAACAGCCUCCAGGACUGGGCCGAAGUCCGCAAGUUCGGCUCCAUGUUCCCCAGCCUCGACACACUGGUCAUGUCCAACAACAACUUGGCAUCCAUCCAGGACAAUGAAGACGUCCUGCAGCGGCUCUUCCCCAACCUACGCAGCAUCAACCUGCACAACUCAGGUCUAAACCGAUGGGAAGACAUUGAGAAGUUGAACUUCUUCCCCAAGUUGGUGGAGGUGCGACUGCAGGGCAUUCCCUUACUGCAGACCUACACCAACGUAGAGCGACGCAGCCUCAUGAUAGCACACCUUCCUGCAAUAUCACAGCUCAAUGGCAGUGUUGUGACAGACAGUGAGAGAAUAGAUGCUGAGAGGUUCUUCAUCCGUUACCACUUAGACUACCCUGAAGAGGAGCUGCCUUACAGAUAUCAUUCCCUGGUAACCAAGUAUGGGAAGCUGGAACCACUUGCCGAGAUCGACCUCCGACCUCGCUGCCGUGCCCAGGUGGAGGUUCACUGUGAAGAAAAAGUGGAACAGCUAAACAUCCGCUUGGACCAGACAGUAGCUGGGUUGAAGAAGCAGCUGACAAAAGUGGUCCAGCUGUCCACGAAUAGAAUGAGGCUGUACUACAUCGACAAGAACAGUGCCUUUGGUCCAGAGGAAAUGAAGUACAACACCCGGGCCCUCCACUCCUACAGCAUCCAAGAUGGUGAUGAAAUACUGGUGGUACCCAAGACAAAAUGAACAGCCGGUGUCAAACUGGCUGAUGAGAGUGACUACUUUAUUGAUUGAUUGAUUGACUGAUUCAUUUGAUUAUUUAUUUUCUGGUUAAUGGCUUUGCAUAACAAUUGGAAUACGCAUGAUCUUGAACAGCAUCACUGGCCCACUUGUUUGAACGGAGAGAAGUUAUACGUGGUGUGAACACAUUCACAGGGACUGUACAGUGGACUAUGAUGCUGGGAGGCUCUGGCUGGAAAAGCUGCCAGUCUGGAGAUUAUUGGGUCUUUAUUAAUUUCAGCUUCACGUGAGGGAAUCCACCGGAGUUAGUGCAAAAAUCUGUCAUUAUGGAGAACAGGCCAAGAGAGCGGCAUGCAGUCAGUAAGUAAGGAGGGCGCCAGCGAAGCUCAUUGCAGCUCUGUAUCUUAGUACAUGGCUUGUACCAUAGCGCCUAUGUAAUCAAGUAUCCAACACCACUGGCUUUCCCGCUCAUCGCAAAAGCUACCAGUGGUAGUAGUGACACAGUGCUGCUGAAUGAAGAGGAACUGCAGUUCUCAAUUGCACUUUUUGUUUAGUCACAAAAUCAGGAAGGACAAUGUCUGUGAAAUGAAAAAUCUGCCUAAACAACUUCUAAAUGUCAGGAAUGGGAGAACAACUGGGAGUUUUGUUUUGUUGUUAGUCAAUGUUUUCCUUUGUAUUUUUUGUAUAAUUUUUGAUAUGAUAUCUUAGGGUUAACAUACAUGAGAUUCAGCUGUCGAUGACAUUUCUCAUUGAAUAAGUUGAUUUAGAAUAGUUUGCUUCAAAUCACUACUUGUCUUAUAGGGCAAAAAGGUCCUAAAACUAAUCUGCGAGAAAGUAAAUGCUGUGGGAAAAACAACAACAACAGAUGAGCUCAAGAGAAGAUGGCAGGAUAUAAGAAGAAGAACUAAAGAAUAAAUUGCUCAUAAUAAAACCUCGGCAAAUAAAACAGGUGGGGGGGUGGGGGGGGGGUGCAGUUCACUUUCUGAAAAAACACUUCUGUCUGUCUUCUUCCUGCCGUCUCCUUCUCACCAUAAUCACUGCAGCAAUCUCUGCACAACGCUGUGCCGGUUUGGCACCUAAACCUUUCAAAUGUAUUAAAUAAAGAUGCAGUCACAAGCAGCGCAAUUAUUUUCAGGCUUUGUAAAUCACAAUGCGUGUGCUAAAUUAAGCAAUCAAGUUUGCACAUGUUUUAACAAAUGCUCAGACCUUUAGUAGAUCAGGUCCUCAGUGAAUAAACACUGGAAUUCACUGGCAUACUGGACCAUGAUUGGCUUCCAAACUAGUUGCUAUGUCAAAUUCAUGCUGUACAAACACGUGUUAAACUGAUUUAUGGCGAGCUCAGAAGAACUGGGCCCCUUCAGCAGAUGAAUAUGAAAACAGUAUUCGCGUGUCAAACUUUGCACAGUGAAUGUCAAACAUCUGAAUGAAGUAUCAAUAUGUUAAUCCCAUUAUUGAAGAAAAGGAGACAGUGAUUUAAAAUGGCUUCAUAAUACGUGUAAUAAUCAUGAACCAUUCAUAUCUAAUAGUAUUAAGACACUCUAUAGGUUGAUGUUUGCAUCACUGGCCAAGAUUUAAUGUUACUAGGUUUCCAGUGAUAAAAACUGAUACACAAGUUUUCAUUCACAUACAGGCACAGUUCAACACAAAGCGGCUUCAUGUCAUGUGCUGCCUUCUAGAGGCUUCAUCUAUGUCUUCAACAAAAAUUUAGUUCAGCCAAUAAGUAACCUCUGUAGAAGACACACAGACACACACACACACGCACACACACAUGUUUGUACUCCUGUCUUAGUGAGGAGACUCAUUGGCCAAAUGCAUUCCCUAGCCACCUAACCUAACCAUAACCAUCCAAAAUGCUUACCCAAAUUUAACCUAAUUCUAACCCUAACAUUCAAAACCUCUUCACCCUCAAACAGCCAUUUGAAGAAGUGACAACCGGCCAUAUGUCCUUAAUUUCCAAAAAUGUCCUCACUUUGUACAGUCUAUGCUUAAAAUGGUCCUCACAAAGGUACAUGUACAGGAGCCUACACAUAUUCUUGUCUUUCUUUGGUUGUAAGGACACCCAUUGGCAUAAUGCAUAGAGCCCCUAAUCUAAAUCUAAACCUUAAAACUAAGGCUUUGUUCAAAAUCACCCACUCCUUCUCUAACCCCUACUCAUUAUAUAGCAGCUUCCAUGAAGAAGACUAUUGGAUAAUUAUAAUGCAUUGUGAUAUACAAUAAGUCCAAUGUUUUUUAAACAUUUGAUAAAGCACUACAAAAUGGCUAUUUCACUUAUAGAAGAAGGAAGAGGGGAUUUUAGGGGCGAAAAUUUCCCCCAAAACACUAUAUUCCCAACAAUAUUUCUGAAUCAGAAUUGGCCUUCACACAAUAGAGAGUCAAAUACAGAGUAGGGUACCUGAAAAACAAUCUCUUUAAAGUAAUACAUGUCUAUAUUUUAAAAUAUCCUUGUUGGUAUUCAGACCAUCCUGCUUCACUUCAACACAUUCUGGAGCACAGAGGGGUCAAGAGCUUUUCAUUAGCUUUCUCUCCAUUUUAAUGAAACAACAUGGUUUUGACAUUUCCUCUGGUUCCUCUUAGUGUUAAGUACACAUGGCAAUGUUAUCUACCAUGUGUUUAGCAUUUGACUAGUUCCUUGUUGUUAGAAUGCAUUUAAGAAGAUAGUGUUUCAUGUUUUUUAAAUGCUUAUCUUUUUCUUAUGGAAGUUGUAUCAUCGCGUGAUUUCUUUAAUUACUUUCAUAUGAUUUUGUUUUAUGAAUAUUUAAAUUGUAUUCAGUGUUUAUUUAUGUACUAUUUAUUUAGAAUCUUCAACUUAUGAUAAGUAAGCCUUAAAGAGAUGCUGAUCUCAGUGUAAUGCAUUCAUGUGCAUUCUGGAAUGAGCUUGAGACUUGAGAGCUUUUACCAGAAAGCUAGUGUUACAAACUGGAAUUGUGAGGUUUGAAAGAUGUGGGCAUUAAGGCAGAGUGUGAUAGGUUAUAACAGUUGUAUUGUAGGAAAUGAGGGAACCAUACAAAGGACUUAAAGUUAACAUGUUGCACACUGCUGCUGAAAAGACCUUUUUUGAGUUAGGUUGAGUCCAACUACUUUAAAGAAGCACUAUUUCUGGAGGGCCCUUAUUUAAACUGCACACUAUUGUAUUAAUUCACUACAUUAGUGUUUCAUUUCCCACACAAAUAUAUUUGACAUCUCAGUCCAUGCAGAAAUACCUUCUCCAAAGAUGACUCAGUAGGUUAUGAUUGUUGUAAUGUAUUAAUUUUAACAUGCAGGAUGCCCCUCACGCAAGAGGAAGAUGGAUGUAGGAUCUUUGGUGUUAUUGCUUUUUCUUAUAGCAAGCAACUUAUCAGAGCUGGGGAUUUCUGACACAGUAUUAUGGCAAAGGAAACAGCUGACAUGACAAAUCCACAAAAUAAAGUAAUCAUAUUGAGUG